AUGGCUACCUCCAAGGUCUGGUUCAUCACCGGGUGUUCCUCUGGGUUCGGCAAGGCACUCGCCCUGGAGAUCCUCGGACGCGGUGACAAAGUCCUCGCCUCGGCGCGCAAUGCCACGAAGCUUGAAGCGCUCAAAGACGCCGGCGCCACGGUCUUCGGCUUGGACGUCACCUCUCCUCUCGGCGAGUUGAAAGGUCUGGUCGAAUGGGCCAACAAUCAGCACGGCAGGAUCGACUACCUCGUCAACAAUGCUGGCUACUGCCAGGUCGGGGGGCUGGAAGAACUCACUCCCGAAGAGACUGAGGCGCAGUUCACAACCAACGUCUUCGGCCCCUUGAACGUCACCCGCGCCGUCCUGCCUUAUAUGCGAGCCCGAAGGUCAGGGGUCAUUGCCAAUUUCUCCAGCAUCGGCGCAUGGCGCGGGACGCCGGCCGUCGGGGUCUACGAAGCCUCCAAGUGGGCGGUCAGUGGUAUCACCGAAACACUGCGCCUCGAGCUCGCCGAGUUCAACAUCAGAGUCUGCAGCAUUGAGCCGGGCUACUUUCGGUCCGACCUUCUGGCCAGCGGCCACAAAAACCUCCACCAGCGCGUCAUUGCAGACUACGAUGGCACGGCAGUGCGGAGGACAGAAGAGAGGGUGGAAAGGACGAACCAGAACCAGCCUGGCGACCCGGCCAAGGGGGCCAAGGUCAUCGUCGACGUCCUCACCGGCGUGGCUGGCAAAGGUGAUGAUAUCCCUGUCAGAAUUGCCCUCGGGGCGGACGCAAAUAGGAUCAUCAAGGGCAAAUGCGAGGAGACCAUCGCGCUCCUGGAUGCGUGGGUGGCAAUCACUUCGACGACUGACUUUGAUGAGCCGGCCAAGUGA